AGUGGGUGAACAACCUAAAAGGUUAGUGAAGUAUUGUAGUGUUAAGUGAAGUGUAAUAAAAGUAUUAUUUAAGUUUGUGAAAAAUGGACGCAAAAGCAGUCGAGAAAUUGUUGAAAGCUCAGCAAGAGCAGUUUGAGAAGAUGUUAAUUAGACUGUUGAAGCCAAGUGAAUUGAACGAUAACGAGUUGUACAGUAAAUUUGUUGGAAUGAUCGGUGGGUUUGUUUUUGAUUUGUCGAGUGGAAUGACCUUGAGUCAUGGUUUGGUAUACAUCGUUUCUAUGAUAAAGAACUAACUAUUGGCUGGCUUUUAUACUAAACUCUUUAAGGGCUUGUUGGCCAUACUCAACAACCAUCCUACUAGAAAUUGAUUCACUACAUACCAUACUACUAAGACUGGCAUUCAUAACAUCCAUUAAUUUAAAAAUCUU